UGUUUUUGUUGACGUGACGAAUAUAUAUAUAGUUUUAAAUUAAUUUUAUGAAAAAUUAUACUAUCAACGUAAAAUAGUUUAUAAGAUAAAAAAAUAACCUUUGUCUAUAGGUGCGAUAAAUGACUUAUAAUGGCGUACAAUAAUUUACUUGAAGUGGAACCUGAACAACUAUUCCAAACACAUUCCAUCGUUGAGAUAGACCAGGUUCAAAAGAAACUACAGUAUGAAAUCGAGAGGAAAAGGGAAGAGCUUAGAGCUAUGGUUGGUGAGAGAUACAGAGACCUAAUACAUGCUGCCGACACUAUUGAAGAAAUGCGAUCAACCACAGCAAGUACUUUGAACCACAUCAGUAACAUGAUGAGUAUUUGUAAGAACCUGCAUAAUGCACACUUAAUUGGCUUUAAGGUAGAAGAAAAGCCUUCACAGAGUAAUAGUCCUCAAAUAGAUCCUGUCCAUGGUAUAUCAGUCCAAAUCAAGUUACUAACGGAAAUACCAGAGAAAAUAUGGAAAUGUAUUAAUGGCAAUGAUUUUAUUAAAGCUGCCCAAUUAUUUAUUAUGGCAAGACAUGUUAACACAGGUUUGCAACUCCAAAUUGGUAGUAGAAACGAUAAACAAAGUAUGCAGCCCCUACAAAGGAUUGUUCAACAGCAGUGGAACUCUAUCAGUAACUUAAGCCAAACCAUCAUAGACAUGUGUGGCCAGAGACUGCAGGAUUUUGAUAUCAGUGUGGAGGUGGCCUGUUCCUGCCUAGUGGGAUUAUAUCUCCUUGACUCAAGAUCAAUGGUGGAGCUAUUAAACACAUUGAUAAACCUGCAUAGUAAUAACAGUUUAAAAACGACACUACAGUUCGAUUUGCAGAAGAUUUUGGAGGGAGAUGUUAAAGCACAGAUUAAAAAUAAAAUUGUGAAUGGAGUUAAGAUUGUCAUGAAGACCAUAGAGUUGAUUUAUGCAUGCUUUGUUGAAAACAAGGGAGGUGUAGUGAUACAAAAAUUAGAAGAGCUAUAUCGAAAAGAUUCCAUACCACUCUUGGAAUUGGUACAGUUCAGUGACCAUAGCGCUUUAAAGCUGCUGCCCUCUGUGAUAUCUCAAUAUAGAUUAACGGCCAACAAAUCGAUACAGGCACUGAGCAACGCGGAGAUAUCUUCAUCCGUACAAGACUGGAGUGUAUGGGUGAAGGGGUUUGUUAGCGAAAGCGUGAAGGCACUACUGCAGAAUGUUAGCAGAGUGCGGGUGCUGCACGAGAUACGGGAAGAGGCUUUUAAAAUUGAAAGUCCAACGAACUGGUCCACAAUGUGCGAAUCACUGAACGUGCCCCCGGUGCACGCGUGGUGCAGCUAUUUCCAGCCGCUGCUGACGUCACACGUCAAAGUCAUCGUCGAUAACCGUUGGUUGAAAAUAUACGACACGUUCAAAACUCAGCUACUCAUCGAUCUUACUAAGGUAUCAGCGGAUAGUGAAGUGGAAAAAGAGGUGAAUAUAAAUUGGUUCAUUUGGAAGGACCUCAUUGGUGACACUGUGAUUGAGUCCAGGAAUGAUGUUAUCUCCGUCAUGAAUUCAUUGAUGAAAGGUAUGUCCCAACAAGAUAGAGGCUUCACGCCCAACCUCGAGAAACUGUGCAAGAGUCUCGACGUCGAGUUGCAGAAGCUUCUAGACGAUUUGAGGGACUAUUUGUACGUGGAGAGGAAGAAAGAGUUCCUCUAUGAUGAGGACGAGAGACUGGAACAGAUGUAUAUCGACACGAGUGAGAUUGAAGUGUACUUGUGUGACGUCACCGAUAAAUAUAUCGAAAGUAUGUUAGCAUACAUCAAAGCAUGCUUCGAAGAACCCACGCUCCAAUCUACAAUAAUACAAAGAAAAACAACUGCCAUAUACACGGCACGGUUCGUGCAAGCGAUUACCAUCCUUAUUCCUAACAUACGCAAAUGCUAUAUUCCCGAUAACUACGUCAACAUGUUGGACGAGAGCUUGGCCCAGCGUUGGCACAAAUUGUGCGACACUUUGAAGGACAAUUGCCAGUUUUGUUGGGGAAAAUGGUUGGCGCUGGUGAUGGAUAAGGCCAAGGAUUUGACCAACGGCUUGCCACAAGGGUUCAGUUUGGAAGAGAAUAUUGAUUACUUGAUGAUGCAAUGGGACGUAAUAAAAAUCGUCGAAAAAGACGACGAAGGAAAUUCCAUAGAGUCCACUAUAAAAGUCCCCGCAGGGCCUUCGUUAAAACUACAAGAAUAUUUGUACGCAAUCAGUCGACUAUUAGAUGACGUCAUACCACACACGCUGCCCGUUGAAAUACACACCUCCUUCAUCGACAACAUUACAUCCAUCACUUUCGCACAUUACAACAACGUCAUAAGAGAGAAAGAGACGGAUAUAAAUCAGCGAUGCGCGCUGCAAUUGCUAAUGGACGUACGGCACUUGACACUGUUACUUGUGCCGAGAGAGAACAAGAAAUGUAUGGAGUUCUCGCAGGAGAUUUGUGAGUUUUUGCGGCAGAAGAUCGAUCCGUUCGACUAUGAUGUUUUCUAUCCGUACAUACAGACGAAUUUGAAACGAUCUGUACAAAGAGUUCAGACAUUACUAGGAAGCUUAAUUCUACACCACGGCCAACUAACGGGCAUCAUUGGCACCAAGCCUGUGACUUCCGGCGGAAGUGGGGAUAAAGCUGCCAACAUUCUAGCCUCCGCUGAUUCACAGUGGUUCUCCAUACUGCCAGUCGCUACUCCCGCCAAUUUGCACAAGAAACAGGAUAAACCCGUAAAAAAGAAGCAAGCACCGUCAGCAAGCCCGAAUAAGUCGCGUUCAGAAAUAUCAGAAAUAAUGACCAGUUCGUUACCACUAAAUUUUGCGAACGCGCGGUCUGGAGCAGCAUCCUUCUUCAAUUCUAUGACGUCUGAUUGGUUCAGUGGAUAAUAAUGUAGUUUUAUUAA